AUGGCGGCUCCGAUUAAAUCCGUUGUCCUCGCAGGUGCGAAUGGAUUUCUUGGACGCGUCCUACUCGACGUGCUGCUGAAGUCCAACCUUUUUCAGCUUACCGUUCUCACUCGCGAUGGGUCUCGGCACCAGUUCCCCGCCAACGUUACAGUGAAGACAGUCGACUACGAGUCAGUUGCCAGCUUGGAAGAUGCGCUCCGUGGCCAAGACGCCCUUGUGUCAGCAUUAGCAUUCGGUGCUAUCCAUGUUCAGAAGAACCUGGUCGACGCAGCAUUCAACGCGGGGAUUCGAAGAAUGAUUCCUUCCGAAUAUGGCAACGACACCAAGAACCCCAAGCUUGCUGCCUUUCCAAUUUACCAGCCCAAAAUUGCUAUUCGGAAGUACCUUGAUGAAAAGGUUGCUCAGAGGCCCUCGUUCUCAUACACCAUCAUUAUGAAUGUCUCUUUCUUGGCUCCUGGGUACGCGCUUAACUUCUUGGUUGACGUAGAGAAGAAAAAGGCGCUCAUCAAGGACGGUGGCGACAUUGUAUUCAAUGCCACAACCAUGCCACAUAUCGGCCAGGCCGUUAUUGGCAUCUUGAGUCAUCUGGAGGAGACAGCAAACCGACCCGUGAAAAUCAGCAGUGUUGAGACGACACAGAACCAGAUUCUCGACAUUGCCAAGAGUGUUGACCCAACUGGAGAGUGGGAUAUUAAGCACUGUCGGACUGAGGAUUUGGAGAAGACUGCCCUUGAACGUUGGGCGCAGGGCGACCACAGUGAGGAGGUUGUAGAAAUGUUCAUCAACCGUGCAUUCCUUGGUAAGGGGUGGGGUGGUUACUUUCCAGAGACCGAUAAUGAGUUGCUGGGUAUCGAGCCGAUAGGAAGAGAGGGAUUGGAAAAGAUCAUUAGAACGGCCAUGAAAGGUUGA